AGCAUGCACAGAGAGAAGGAGAGAGAGAGAGAAGGAGAGAGAGAGAGAGAGAAAGAGAGAGAGAGAAAGAGAGAGAGAUUCUUACCCGAACACAAGCGCACGCAUUAAAGUCAAACUCACACCCCGGCGUUUGGACUGAGAGGAGAAGGGGAGCAGAAAAGAACGCGGAGGAGGAAGAAAGGAAGGAGAGGUGCUGAUGUUCACCUAACUGAGAUUUCCAGCGAGAGAGAGAGAGAGAGAGAGAGAGAGAGAGAGAGAGCAGUCAUGGCUGCGUCCGAGCUCUAUACAAAGUAUGCUCGAGUGUGGAUCCCCGACCCUGAGGAGGUGUGGAGGUCAGCAGAGCUCACUAAAGACUACAAACAGGGGGACACAUCACUGCACCUGCAGCUCGAAGAUGGCUCGUAUCUGGAGCACAAGUUGGACCCGAAGACGAAAGCUCUACCUCACCUGAGGAACCCCGACAUCCUGGUGGGAGAAAAUGACCUGACGGCUCUGAGUUACCUUCACGAACCGGCCGUCUUACACAACCUGAAAGUGCGCUUCAUCGACUCCAAACUCAUCUACACCUACUGCGGUAUUGUACUGGUGGCCAUUAAUCCGUAUGAAACGCUGCCCAUCUAUGGCACGGACAUCAUUAACGCUUACAGUGGACAGAACAUGGGAGACAUGGACCCACACAUAUUCGCCGUGGCUGAGGAGGCCUACAAACAGAUGGCCAGAGAUGAGAGGAACCAGUCCAUCAUCGUCAGUGGGGAGUCCGGCGCAGGGAAGACGGUUUCAGCCAAAUACGCAAUGCGAUAUUUUGCUACGGUGAGCGGAUCAGCCAGCGAGGCCAACGUGGAGGAGAAAGUGCUCGCCUCAAACCCUAUCAUGGAGGCCAUAGGAAACGCCAAAACUACCAGGAACGACAACAGCAGCCGCUUUGGGAAGUACAUUGAGAUCGGCUUUGACAAGCGUUUCCACAUCAUCGGCGCUAACAUGAGGACGUACCUGCUGGAGAAGUCGCGAGUCGUCUUUCAGGCGGAUGAGGAGAGGAAUUAUCACAUCUUCUACCAGCUCUGUGCCUCCUCCUACCUUCCUGAGUUCAGGACCCUGAAACUCAGCAAUGCUACUGAAUUCCAGUACACCAAACAGGGCCGGAACCCGGUCAUCGAGGGAGUGGACGAUGCAAGGGAGAUGUCGAUUACCAGGAAUGCUUUCACACUCCUGGGCAUUAAUGAGUCCUAUCAGAUUGGGCUGUUCCAGGUCCUGGCGGCCAUCUUGCACCUGGGCAAUGUGGAGGUGAAGGACAGAGAUGCAGACAGCAGCAUCAUACCGCCCAAUAACGGGCACCUGAGUGUGUUCUGUGAUCUGCUGGGCGUGGCCUAUCAGGACAUGGCUCACUGGCUGUGCCAUAAGAAGCUAAAAACGGCAUCUGAGACCUACAUCAAACCGGUUCCCCGAGUGCAGGCCAUGAACUCCAGAGACGCUCUGGCCAAACACAUCUACGCCAAACUGUUCAACUGGAUCGUGGAGCACGUCAACAAGGCACUGCACUCGUCCGUCAAGCAGCACUCGUUCAUCGGGGUGCUGGACAUCUACGGGUUUGAAACCUUCGAGAUUAACAGUUUCGAGCAGUUCUGUAUCAACUAUGCUAACGAGAAACUGCAGCAGCAGUUCAACAUGCACGUCUUUAAGCUGGAGCAGGAGGAGUACAUGAAGGAGCAGAUUCCCUGGACGCUGAUUGAUUUCUAUGAUAAUCAGCCCUGUAUUAAUCUGAUCGAGGCUAAGAUGGGCGUGCUCGACCUGUUAGACGAGGAGUGCAGGAUGCCGAGGGGUUCGGAUGACUCUUGGGCUCAGAAGCUCUAUAACACUCAUCUGAAGACGUGUGCACUUUUUGAGAAGCCGCGGAUGUCCAACAAAGCCUUCAUCAUUCAGCACUUUGCAGAUAAAGUGGAGUAUCAGUGUGAGGGAUUUUUGGAGAAGAACAAGGACACAGUGAAUGAAGAGCAGAUUAAUGUUCUGAAGGCCAGUAAGUUUGACCUGCUGGUGGAGCUCUUCCAGGAUGAGGACAAAGUAACCAGCCCUACAGGAAGUGGUCCAGCCCCCGGUGGCCGCACUCGCCUCAGCAUCAAACCUGACAAGGGCAAACCGGACCAGGCCAGCAAGGAGCACAAGAAGACCGUGGGCCUACAGUUCCGUAACUCUCUCCAGCUGCUGAUGGAGACACUAAAUGCCACGACCCCACACUACGUCCGCUGCAUCAAACCCAAUGACUUCAAAUACGCCUUCACCUUUGACCCGAAGCGGGCGGUGCAGCAGCUGAGGGCGUGUGGUGUCCUGGAGACCAUCCGUAUCUCCGCUGCAGGAUUUCCAUCCAGAUGGACCUAUCAGGAGUUCUUCAGCCGUUAUCGUGUGCUGAUGAAGCAGAAAGAUGUCAUGGCUGAUAAGAAAAAGACCUGCAGGAAUGUCCUGGAGAAACUGGUGCAGGAUCAGGAUAAGUACCAGUUUGGGAAGACGAAGAUCUUUUUCCGAGCAGGUCAGGUGGCGUACCUGGAGAAACUCCGGGCCGAUAAACUGCGAGCCGCCUGCAUCCGCAUCCAGAAGACCAUCCGCUGCUGGCUGGAGCGCAAGAAGUACCUGCGCAUGAAACGAGCUGCCAUCAUCAUCCAGAGAUACGUCCGAGGAUAUCAGGCCCGAUGCCUGGCGAAGUUUCUGCGCCGAACCCGAGCCGCCAUCAUCAUCCAGAAGUACCAGCGCAUGUACGUACAGAGAACCAGCUACAGGCGCAAACGCAACGCCGCCCUCGCCAUGCAGUGUAUCCUCCGAGCGUACAUGGCUCGACAACAGUACAAAGCGCUGCUGCGUGAGCACAAAGCCGUCAUCAUCCAGAAGAUGGUGCGCGGCUGGCUGGCGCGUCAGUGGUACAAGCGCUCUCUGGAAGCCGUGGUGUACCUGCAGUGCUGCGUGCGGCGCAUGAUUGCCAAGCGCGAGCUCAAGAAGCUGAAGAUCGAAGCGCGGUCCGUGGAGCACUACAAGAAACUCAACAUCGGCAUGGAGAACAAGAUCAUGCAGCUGCAGCGCAAAAUCGAUGAGCAGAACAAGGAGAACCGGCUCAUGGGUGAGCGUCUGAACGGUCUGGAGAGCGCCCACGCCACCGAGAGCGAGCGCCUGCGCAGGGAUCUGACUCGUUUGCGCGGCGUGGAGGAGGAGGCGAGGAACAGCGCUAACCGAGUGAGCACGCUGCAGGAGGAGCUGGAGAAACUGCGCAAAGACCUGCAGAACACGCAGAAGGAGAAGAAGGCCAUCGAGGACUGGGCGCAGACCUACCAGGAUGAGAUGGAGCAGAUGAUCUCAGAGUUAAAGGAACAGAAUGACCUGUUGAAGAACGAGAAGGACGAUCUGAACCGUCUGAUCCAGGAGCAGAGCCAACAGUGGACAGAGAGGAUGCAGAGGGCUCUGAAGGAGGAGACGUCUCAGCUGGAGAGUGACUUGAACGAGGAGAGAUCACGAUAUCAGAACCUUCUCACAGAGCACCUGAGACUGGAGGAGAAAUACGACGACCUGAAAGAGGAGAUCGCGCUCAGCGUGAACAUAGCUAAACCGGGCCACAGGAGAACCGACUCCACACACAGCAGCAACGAGUCUGAGUACACCUACAACUCUGAGUACACUGAAGCUGAGGAGGGAGCACGAGGAGCCGAGGAUGUGACCAAAGGAGCAGCGUUGGACAUGGCUCUCUUCCUGAAGCUGCAGAAGCGAGUGACAGAGCUUGAGCAGGAGAAACAGGGCCUGCAGAACGAACUGGACCGAAAAGAUGAGCAGUUUCAGCGGGCUAGAGCCAGGGACGAUGAAGAGCAUAAGAAGGCUCGCGGCGCUGAACUGGAGUAUGAAUCUCUUAAGCGUCAGGAGCUGGAGUCGGAGAAUAAGAAGCUGAGGCACAACCUGAGCGAGAUGCGUCAGACCCUGGCAGGGAAAGAUGGCUCCACGUCGGCCUACAAGGUCCUGAUGGAGCAGUUACACUCCUCCAACGAGGAGCUGGAGGUCCGCAAGGAGGAGGUGCUGAUCCUGCGCUCACAGCUCGUCAGCCAGAAAGAAGCCAUGCAGCACAAGGAGACCAUGACGGAGCCACUGCACUACGUGGAGGAUGUACACAAGCUCACGGAUGCUAAAGAGAUCUCUCAGGCUUACAUGGGCCUCAAGGACACCAACAGAUCCCCCAGGUUUCAGCGCAAGCCGUUCGCAGUGAGCGAGUUGGUCAAUAGGCUGAGAUCCCCUCUCCCUGACAUGCGUAAGAUGAAUGAGGAUGGAGAGCUGUGGCUGGUGUAUGAGGGCUUGAAGGAGACCAACAGGUUGUUGGAGGCUCAGCUGCAGGCUCAGCGGCGCUCCCAUGAGGCGGAGCUGGAGGCUCUGCGUGGAGAACUGCACUGUGUGAAGGAGGAGAACCAGAGACAGCAGCAGCUCCUCACUCAGAACCUGCAGCUUCCUCCUGAGGCUCGCAUCGAGGCCAGUUUACAGCACGAGAUCACACGACUGACCAACGAGAACCUGGACCUUCUACUUGAGAACCCAAAGGUCUACAAAAUCAACAUGCUGCGCAGGAUAAUUGAUCUCAUGGAACAGCUGGAGAAACAGGACAAGACGGUUCGCAAGCUGAAGAAGCAGCUCAAAGUGUUUGCCAAGAAGAUCAAUGACCUGGAAGAUGGUCAGGUAGAGAACGUGUCUCCGGGUCAGAUGGCCGAUGAGCCGAUCCAUCCAGUGAACAUUCCUCGCCGAGAGAAAGACUUCCAGGGAAUGUUGGAGUACAAGAAGGAGGAUGAACUAAAGCUGGUCAAGAACCUCAUCCUGGAAUUAAAGCCGCGCGGCGUGGCAGUGAACCUGAUUCCCGGUUUGCCGGCGUACAUCCUCUUCAUGUGUUUACGACACGCCGACUACGUCAACGACGACCAGAAAGUCAGAUCACUGCUGACCUCCAUCAUCAACAGCAUCAAGAAGAUCCUCAAAAAGCGAGGUGAUGAUUU